CUUGUUUGUUUCACUAAGAAUGGGAAGAUACCUGAGUGUGGCAACAUGUGUUGUCCUUUUGCUGUUGGCUGAAAUUGCACAAAUAUGCUUGUGUUCAAAUUCAACCUUCCCCUGCAUAGAACGAGAGAGGCAAGCUCUUCUCAAGUUCAAAGCAUCCCUUCAUGAUCCAUCAAACAGGCUUUCCUCAUGGAAAGGUAUUCAUUGUUGCCAAUGGGAAGGCAUAGCCUGUGACAAUGUUACUGCUCAUGUUAUCAAGCUUGAUCUCAGUAAUCCUACCAACCUUGAUCUCAGGUAUCCUUUCUUCAUGCCACCUUUGGUUACACCAGAAUCUGAGGAGUAUAUAGAGUACAAGCAACUUUCUCUACAAGAUGAUACUGUGCAAGACGGAGUUCAUAUGCAAGCUCCAAAUGUUAAUCCAUCUUUGUUGCAGUUGGAACACUUGACUUACUUGGACUUGAGUGGAAAUGAUUUCAAUUCUAGUCCAAUACCAAACUUCAUUGGUUCUAUGAGAUGGCUUAGGUAUCUUUCUCUCUCGGACGCUAACUUUGGCGGGAGGAUUCCUCACAAUCUUGGAAAUCUCACCAACCUGCACCAUCUUGAUCUCAGUUACAAUUUCCAAGAUUUAUCAAACGGUGACAUGAUCAAUUGGAUCUCUAAACUUCAAUUAUUAGAACACCUUGACAUGAGUGGUGUUAACCUUGGGGAUGCAGACAAGAUGUUCCAGGUACUUCACAUGCUUCCUUCCUUGUCACAUAUUUACUUGAGUGGUUGUGAACUUAACAAAUAUCUCAUUCCACACCAAGCUUUCCAAAACAUGACAUCUCUUUCUUAUCUUGAUCUUUCAUAUAAUUCGCUUCAAGGUCCAAUUCUUGAUGCUUUCAGAAACUUAACUUCCAUUCAAUUCCUCGACCUUUCUGCCAACAAUAUCACUUCGAUUCCAUCAUGGUUCUCUGAUGAUUUUGAAAACAUGACUUCCAUUGAAUCCCUCUACCUUUUUGACAACAAGAUCACUUCAAUCCCAUCAUGGUUUCUUAACUUGGAGAAACUUGUGCAUCUUGAUCUUUCUUUCAAUAGGCUUCAUGGUCCAAUUCCCGAGACAUUCCAAAACAUGGUUUCAAUUGAAUUCCUUGAGCUUUCGUGGAACUAUUUCACUUCAGUUCCAUCAUGGUUUCAAAACUUUGAGAAACUUACGUAUCUUGAUCUUUCUCACAAUGGGCUUCGUGGUCCGAUUCCAGAGACUUUCCAAAACAUGACUUCUAUUGAGUUCCUAGACCUUUCCAUGAACAAUUUCAGUUCAAUGAUUCCAUCGUGGUUUGCUAAGUUGAAGAGUCUUAUCGUCCUUGAUCUUUCGUCGAAUGAACUCCCACAUAUGGAAUGUUCUCUGCCAUCAAUUAUAAGAAACAUGUGCCACCUCAAAUUGUUAGACUUCUCGGGAAAUAAGCUUCAAGGAGAACUAACUGGAAGCUACGAAUUGUCAGGAUGCAUUAGAUAUGAUUUGGAGGCACUGGAUUUAAGUGAUAAUGAAUUUAGUGAUCGCUUGCCAACUUGGCUGGGGCAACUUGAAAAUCUAGAGUUCCUUGAUCUCAGCUCAAAUUUUUUCUAUGGGCCCAUUCCCUUUUCUCUAGUGCCAAAAUUAAAAAAGUUGAAUGAACUUGAUUUAUCUAACAAUAAGUUGGACGGGAUCAUUCCUAAUAAUAUGGGACAACUUGUCAACUUAACUUCCUUAGAUCUUUCUUCUAAUAAAUUUUAUGGUUUAUUUCCUCAAAGUCUCUGGCAACUUAUGCCCCAACUUUCGUAUUUGGAUCUUUCUUCAAACAAGUUGGAGGGUACAAUUUCUACAAGAGAAUGGCCCUCAAUUGUGCCCUACAUAUAUUAUUUGGAUCUCUCCAAUAACCAAAUCGGUGGAUCACUUCCAGAAAAUAUAGGCCAUAUGAUGCCCCGAUUGUAUAACUUGAUUCUUGGAAAUAACCUCAUAAAUGGUUCAAUACCAAUCUCUUUGUGCCAAAUUACUAAGCUGAGCUACCUUGACCUUUCAAAGAACAAGUUAUCUGGUGAAAUUCCAAAUUGUUGGAAGGAUAAUGAAGAAUGGGAAGAAAUAAAUUUGUCAUCCAACAACCUAUCGGGUGAGUUUCCAAGCUCAUUCGGGAAUCUUUCCUCAUUGGUAUGGUUGCAUUUGAAUAAUAACAGCCUUCAAGGUGAGCUUCCACUGUCUUUGAGAAAUUUGAAGCAAUUGGUGAUUUUGGAUGUUGGUGAGAAUCAACUUUCUGGGAGUAUACCAUCAUGGACUACAAACAUUUUUCCUUCACUACAAAUUCUCAGACUGCGGCAAAACUUGUUGGGUGGCAGCAUUCCUUCACAAUUAUGCCAACUCACGACACUGAAAAUUUUGGACCUUUCCCGCAACAAAUUACAAGGUUCAGUACCUUGGUGCAUAGGCAAUCUUAGAGGAAUGACUCUGGACAAAUCAUCAGAUAAAGCCAAUACAAAAUUGGUUCCCAUGCCGCAUAAUGAUUCUGUCGCAGAGGCUCCUGGAUGGUAUAAUGAGGAUGUCAAAGAAGUCAUGAAAGGGACAGAAGUUGAGUACAUCAGAAUCUUGAAGUUUGUAGUCAUCAUGGACUUGUCAGAAAACAAUUUGGUUGGGUCCAUUCCCAAUGAAAUAACUUUGCUCACUGGAUUACAUGGCAUGAAUCUGUCAAACAAUCAUUUGAAAGGAGAGAUCCCUAAGAUGAUCGGUGAUAUGAAAUCAUUGGAAUCCUUGGACGUGUCUCAUAACCAACUUUCAGGCACAAUUCCAAACAACAUGCCAGCUUUAACUUUCUUGAGCCAUUUAAACUUGUCACACAACAAUUUUUCAGGACCAAUUCCCAAAGGUAAUCAGUUUUCAACAUAUGACUCAUCUAUUUAUGCUGACAACCUGUAUCUUUGUGGAUCUCCACUUCCAAAAUUAUGUCCUGGUGACGAAUCAAAUCCAGCUCCUGAAAGCAAAGGUAAUGAAGAUGAUAUUGAUGAUGGCAAGAAAGAAAAGGUAGAAAAAAUAUGGUUCUACUUUGUAAUAGCGGUUGGCUUUGCUACUGGUUUCUGGGGAGUUAUUGGGACCUUAUUUUUCAACAAGAGUUUUAGACAUGCUUACUUCAGAUGGGCGGAUGACAAGACAGACAAGAUUUAUGUGGCAAUUGUUAUAAAAUGGGCAAAGCUAAAGAAGCUGAUGAUGAUGAUGAGAAGCCGUAUGAGUGGGUGACUGUUGUUUCUCUUUUCUUUCUUUUUCUAUAUGUUUUACUAGUAAAUUCAAUAAGGUUUGUGUCGUUUUUCUGUUUUUUUUUUUAAUUUCAUCUUUAGUUGACACAAUGUUGUA